AUGUGUCCUUUCCAGAACCCAGCUCUCCUAGUUGUUGUUAUUGUCGUCGGCGGCGGCCUUCAACAGAGCUGGCCCAGUCUGCAGAUCCCGCUCAAUCCAGUCGCAGGUACUCCAAUGCUUCAGCCCAGGUCGGCAUCGCAUCGGCCGGGCCACCCCUCCAAAGCGACAGGUGUCUUCGCCGCCUGGUGCUUCUCUGGAUACUCUUCGUCUCUCCUCCUCCUCUCAUCCUCUGCUCCUCUCCUCAGCCAUCGACACCCAAGUGCUCACCGCGCCGGCAACAUCCCUCGUAGACGUGCUCGAUCCCGACCCGUCGCUAUGCAAUGGUUCACCGUCUUUGCCAUUCCCCUCGUGCUUAUCUCGGCCUGGCUGUACACCGUCAGUAUAGCACGCGCGCGAUUUCCCAAGCUGCGCAACAAGCGCAUCUGUCUGUUGAUCGCGCAUCCUGAUGAUGAGGCCAUGUUCUUUGCGCCGACGCUGUUGGCGCUGACGAAUCCGGAGCUGGGGAAUCAUGUCAAGAUCCUGUGUCUGAGCAGCGGAGACGCAGAUGGCCUGGGCGAGACGCGCAAGAAGGAACUGGUCAAGAGCGGCGUGUCCUUAGGUCUGCGGAAGGAGGACGAUGUGUUUGUGGUCGAGAGCCCAGAGUUCCCCGACAGCAUUACCACGGCCUGGGACAAACAGAAAAUCGCGAACCUCCUCUCCUCGGCGUUUGCGCCGAACCUCUCGAAUCCCAUGAAGAACAAAUCGGUGGAUGCGCCGACAGCGACAAUCGAUGUCCUGAUUACCUUCGACGCCUCGGGCGUUUCCUCUCACCCCAACCACAUCUCCCUUUUCCACGGCGCGCGACAUUUCAUUGCGUCGCUCAUUCACAAUCGCCCGGGCUGGGGCUGCCCGGUCGACUUGUACACGCUCUCCUCUGUCAGCCUGGCCCGGAAGUACACCAGUUUCUUUGACUCGAUCAUAAGCAUGCUCCUGAUCGCAGUAUCCAACAAGCAGAUGAAGGAACACCCGAGCCCACUGCUCUUCCUCAGUGGAAUCUCAGAAGUCCGGACGGCGCAGGGAGCCAUGACCACUGCGCACAAGAGCCAGAUGAGGUGGUUUCGCUGGGGCUGGAUUGGACUCAGUCGAUAUAUGGUGGUCAAUGACCUGUGGCUGGAGAAGGUCACUGCGGCGUAA